CGGGAGCUGGGCUGCCUCUGCGGCCUUCCGCUUGGCUCCCCCAAACCGGCGCUCAGCCCCCUGCACACCCACGACCCGGGGGCAAACCUGGGGCGCACAGUACUCGGGUCUCCACUGCGAGGCAGCCGGCGUGGUCCCUAGCGGCGGGACGCGGCCGCCGCCCGCAUGCUGCGCUGGCUCAUCGGGGGAGGCCGCGAGCCCCAGGGGCUGGCCGAGAAAUCUCCAUUACAGACAAUAGGUGAAGAACAGUCCCGGAACCCCUACACAGAACUGCUUGUGCUGAAAGCACACCAUGACAUUGUAAGAUUUCUAGUACAGCUGGAUGACUACAGAUUUGCAUCUGCUGGUGAUGAUGGAAUUGUAAUUAUAUGGAAUGCUCAGACUGGAGAAAAACUUGUGGAACUCAGUGGACAUACUCAGAAGAUAACGGCUAUUGUUACAUUUCCUUCCUUGGAAUCUUGUGAAGAAAAAAAUCAACUCAUCCUGACAGCCUCUGCCGAUCGAACAGUUAUUGUGUGGGAUGGCAAUGCUGGCAGACAAGUUCAGAGGGUAUCGUGCUUCCAGUCCACAGUGAAGUGUUUAACUGUUCUUCAGAGACUGGAGGUUUGGCUCUCUGGUGGGAAUGACUUAUGUGUGUGGAACCAAAAAUUAGAGCUCCUGUGUAAGACCAGCCACAUUUCUGAUACAGGGAUCAGUGCUUUGGCUGAAAUACCUAAUAACUGUGUUGCAGCCGCAGUUGGCAAGGAACUGAUAAUUUUCAGGUUAGUAGCCCCCACUGAAGGAUCAGUGGAAUGGGACAUCAUUGAGGUCAAGCGGCUCCUGGAUCACCAGGACAAUAUUCUCUCCCUGGUUAAUGUCAAUGAUGUGAGUUUUGUUACCGGUUCGCAUGUCGGGGAGCUGAUCAUCUGGGACAUCCCGGGGUGGACCGUGCGGGCCUAUGAGCGCAGCUUCUGGGACCCAGCUCCACAGCUGGACGUCCAGCAAGAAAUCAGACUCUGUCAAAAACCAAAUGACGUUUCUAUUCAUCAUUUCACAUGUGAUGAAGAGAAUGUAUUUGCCGCAGUCGGGAGGGGCCUGUAUGUGUACAACCUCCAGAUGAAGCGUGUCAUUGCCUGCCAGAAGACCGCACAUGACUCCAAUGUCCUGCACAUCGCCAGGCUGCCAAACAGGCAGUUAACCUCCUGCUCAGAAGAUGGCAGUGUACGCAUUUGGGAGCUACGAGAGAAACAGCAGCUGGCAGCUGAGCCGGUACCAACAGGUUUUUUUAAUAUGUGGGGAUUUGGAAGAAUGAACAAACAAGCCACCCAACCUGUUAAAAAGCACCAAGAAAAUGGCACUUCGUGUUCACUGGAGCUCAUUGGCGAUCUCAUUGGACACUCGUCCUCCGUGGAGAUGUUUUUGUAUUUUGAAGAUCACGGACUAGUGACUUGCUCUGCGGAUCAUCUCAUUAUCUUGUGGAAAAAUGGAGAGCGAGAAUCUGGAUUACGCAGCUUGAAAUUAUUCCAGAAACUAGAGGAGACUGGGGACUUGUACCGUGCUGCCUAGUGUAAAGGAGCAGGAGUACACUUGGAUGAGCCUGCAGCACCGAGUACAGCCUCAUGCCCUGUACUAGUAGUGCACUGAUCACUUAAACUUGCAGUUUUUGACAAACUAUACAACUGUGUG